AUGAGAGCCCACGAUCAAUUACUGUCCUUACCAGAGGAAACAUGUCGGCAAAUAAGGAACUCCAUCAUUCUCACACAACUGAAAAAGUACAAUCAGACAUUUCUAAUGGAACAAAUCAAGGAACUUCAAAGAUGUUGGUGGUCGGCGAACGGCAACGCCCUGGAAGAUAUACGAUCAGAGCUUCGUGCUUGUUGCAAUGCCGGCAGCAAUCUCCUGGUAACACAAGCUAACACUCACAUUGGAGAUAAUAUUACAUACGAAACCCAAAGGGACAAACACAUUGUGGUGAAAGAAAACAUCUAUAAAAUGCUUCCCAAGGUCUCGCCCUUCCCUGAUAAGCCGCAUAGACGCUGUGCCGUGGUGGGAAAUGGGGGAAUUUUACUAAACAGCUGCUGCGGCUCGGAGAUCGACCAAGCGGACUUUGUGUUCAGGUUUAAUCUGCCACCCAUGAAUUAUUCAGGAGACAUUGGAACAAAGACAGAUCUGGUUACAGCGAACCCGAGUAUCCUGCAUAACCGUUUCUCAAGACUGAACGAGCAGAGGAAACCAUUUGUGGAUCUUGUAAAGACAUACAAACAUGCCCUGAUCCUGAUGCCAGCUUUCUCCUUUACCAGCAAUGUAGAUGUUUCCUUUAAAGUUUUUUAUACUUUACAAGAUUUUGAGUCACAGCAGAAGGUGGCUUACUUCCACCCAGACUAUCUGACGAACCUUGCGCUCUACUGGAAAAAUAAGGGUCUUAAGGCUCGUCGUUUGUCCUCUGGCCUCAUGAUUGUCAGCACAGCCUUGGAGCUCUGCGAUGAGAUCACACUCUAUGGUUUCUGGCCUUUUUCUAGAGGUACAUCUGGAAAACUGAUUCCACAUCACUAUUAUGAUAACAAAGUGCCAAAACCUGGCUUCCAUUCCAUGUCUGAUGAGUUUUUCUUCUACAACCAGAUGCAUAGCAAAGGGAUCCUGAGAUUAAAGAUCGGAACAUGUUACUGAGAUGCGACCAUGAGAAUUCAAUGAGAUUAAAUGGGACAUUUUACAUCACAAAGAUGAUUAUCACAUUGUUACAGCACUUCAAGGGUUUCUGUUUCUUUACCAAACAUGGCUACACAGAAACACAAAUACAAAAUACAUAUAUGGCAGAUCUGAUUCACCGAAUUCUCAUUUAGAACCUGAAAUAAUUAUCGAACAUUAGAUUCAUCAGAACAUACUCCUAGGAUGCCGAUGUGUCAUAUACCACUGACUCAACAAGGCUACCUACUACCUACCUAAUGAUGAUUUUUGUGCCAA